AUAAUUUCCUGUGACAUGGCAUUUCAGGUGAACGUCACGGUGGACUACAUCAGAGCUGCCACCAGCUCCUCAGAGACCAGCACCAUCCCCGCCUUUGCAGAACGCACCUGUGCCACCGUCACCAUCGGCGGCAUUAACAUAGCUGAGGCGUUGAUCAGUAAAGGUUUUGCCACAGUCAUCCGCUACAGACAGGAUGACGACCAGCGCUCAUCCCACUACGACGAGCUACUGGCUGCAGAGGCACGGGCAAUCAAGAACGGGAAAGGGCUGCAUAGCAAGAAGGAGGUCCCCAUCCACAGAGUGGCUGAUAUCUCUGGGGAAACACAGAAGGCCAAGCAGUUCCUGCCUUUCCUCCAGAGAGCGGGCCGCUCCGAGGCGGUGGUAGAAUACGUGUUCAGUGGCUCCCGCCUCAAACUCUACAUGCCCAAAGAGACCUGCCUCAUCACCUUCCUCCUCGCCGGUAUCGAGUGUCCGCGCGGCUCCAGGAACAUGCCCGGCGGCAUGCAGGUGGCUGAGCCCUUCAGCGACGAGGCCAUGGCCUUCACCAAGGAGCUGGUACUGCAGAGAGAGGUAAGAGCAACAUUCAUUAAAGCUCCAAGUUCUUUGAUUUCAGUGGUUUACUUGCGACUGCAUGUUUGGCUGGUUUUGCAGUCUGACAUAUUGGAUCACAUUCGACCUCCAGUUUAAUUUUGUCUCCUGGCU